ACGAAAGCAAAUAGACGCAUUUGUUUUUAUUUUCGAAGCGUAUUUAUUUUUUAAGAUUAAUAAAUAGUGAAUUGAUUAUCGGCAAUCAUGGACGCUGUAUCUUCCGGCACGCUACAGUCCACAGCUUCAGAGCAAGAGAGCUCCAAGUCCGGAAGUAGCAAAUCUGGGGAAGAUAAAUUGGAUUCUAAAGAAAUUGAUUUUACCAAGGACAAUGUCGGAUCCCCCAUCGACCUGGAAUGCCACAUUCAAGCGGAAAGAAUUACGAAAAUCAUUGACGAAGCUAUCUAUAAGACCAAAUUGUCCAUCUGUCUUCCAAAACUGGUCCAGGAUUACCAGCUCCUGACUUCUAUCCUUACACCGUACCAUAUGGACGACUUGAUUUUCAUCUUUGAGCAGUAUGACAAUCCUUUGUUUUCUGCAAGUCUCUUGAAUAUGGCUGCUAUGGAAGAUUUAAAAAGCGGUGACGUUUCUCUUAAAAAUCGCCUUAAUCCAGAGCUGGGUCACCUCAUGUACAUCUUGAACAGUUAUCCUGCUCUCAAGCCUAUAAUUGAAAAGAUGAUCGCCGAGAUGAAAAAUGAAUAUAAUGCAAUGGGACAGGAAAAAGAAAGUAAUCCGUCAUUGGAGUAUCUCAUGGCAUUUGAGAAGUUUCGAGAGCUUAUGGUGAUACAAAUGAAUAUGACGGCUGCUGAGGAGUUGACCAUCAAACUUGACACAAGGAAACUAGAAUUAUCCAAUAACAAACUGUUGGAAAAAAUUCAAGAAUACACGCAGAUUAUUAAGAAUGAAAAUGAAGAAUUCGAGAAAACGAUGGCAAUCAAAACAGAGACCAUCAGUAAACUGGAGCAGGAACUUGCUCUUUUACACCAUGCCGCUUCCUUCCAACUUCAGAAGAAAGUUCUGGACUCCGAACGUCAAAUGGUACUGGUGACUCGAGCUCAUGAUGUUAAAAACGAGUUGCUGAAAGAGGAGGAAGUAGAAACGCGGGAAGGUUAUCAAAAUUUACUCAAAUCCCAUCUCCUUGAUGAGAAAAAUCAGAGAGCUAGAAGAUUUAAGGUAGAAACGCAGCUGUUGUCGUGGCUGCAGAAGUAUGACACUGAGAUGUCCGAUAAGCAAAGCGAACUCGACGAAUUAACUGAAAAGUACGAAGAUGAGAAAAAGAAAACUGAAGACCUAGAGGAGAAGUUAGAGGAACAAAACAGAACAUACAUUCCAUUAAUGGAGGAACGCGAGAAGGAAUAUCAUGAAGAGAUGAUGCGAAAAAUGGAGGCAUUCCAAUUAGAACACGCGGCCAGAGUAUUACAAACUGCGUGGAGAAAUGUCAUUGCCAACCGCUUAGAGAAGAAAAAGUUGAAGAAACAACUGGUGAAAUUAAACAAACUAAAAGAGAAGGAAGAAAGGAGGUUAGAAGCCAUGAGAAGGAAAGCCGAGAAAGCAGCCAAGAAAGCGGCCAGAGAAGCCAAGAAAGCGGAAAAAGAAGCCAAGAAAGCGGAAAAGGAAGCCAAGAAAGCGGAAAAGGAAGCCAACAAAGCGGAAAAAUUAGACCAAUAAGUAUUUCUGCUAAAAUCAUAAAGGAAUUUUCAAACAAGGAAAGGCUUAGAA